AUGGCAUGGAGGUCAACGCGAUCGCGAAGAUCGUCGACCUUGGGCAUCGGUUUACUUCUUGCUGGCUUGGGCGCAGCUUGGAACGUCGGAGGCAAAGUCAUUUCCGCAAGCGCACCAGCAAGGACCUUUCUUUUGGCAGCAGAAACUCGUCAGGCGAUUCCAGUUCCACCGGCCCCGAAGGGAUCGGGUGUGGAUGCCAUGAACACUGGUUCCACCGGUCUUGACCACCCAGGCCCUGGCAGCGCAGGCGGUGGAGGUCGCUUCUGUGGAUGGGCAUGCUUCAGCCUCACCAGUGUGGCGGUCGUGCUCUGCUCACGUGAGCGGCGGCAGAAGAUGCGUGGGGCAUGGCGACGGAUGAUGGUGAGGGCAAGGGCACUUGCAGCGCCGUGGCUACAGAUUGUGUUGCCCGCCGAAGCGCCUAGUUCGCCCAGCAGCUAUGCAGCGGCUCUUAUGCACCCUCCAACGCUGGACUUCUUGCGCGGGCAGCAUGCUGAGGAAGACUCGGAUGAGGAGGAGCCCUUUCCGAAUGCCCGGCGAGGGCCGGCCUUUGGGAAGACCCGCUCGUUGCCCUCCAGGCUGGCGCUGGCCACGGAGGACUCAGACGAGGACUCCCCAAGGCCAAGCGCUUGGACCUUUCAGAAGACGAACUCGCUGCCCACACCGUGCUGCCAGCUUCCAGAAACGACCUUGGUUUUGGGUGAUGCCAAGGAUGAUGCCCCAAGGAGUACAGUUGCCCGAACGCUGCUUGAGCAGCGACCAGUACAGACGUGCAAAGGCUGGACACCAGAGCUUUCCUCCAAGCCUCAACUGGCGGAGGAGGUGUUUUCCCAAAUACCUUCAGUCCAGAAUUUGCGCAGGAUGUUUAUUGUAAAGGUUUCACAAAUGGAGAGCUGUGAGGCUGCGGUGCACGCGGCCACCGAGGAGUUGAACCGCACGUGCAAGGUCGGCUUCCAGGACAGUGAUGCGGAACGCAUCUACAGCAUGCUCAGUCAGAAUGGCAAGGAUGAGAUCUCUUGUCAGUCUUUUGCAGUUGGAAUGCGGGAGCUUUUGUGUGCUCUGACCUCAUGUGGGUCGCAGCUGUCGCUUCCGCAACUCCGUAUCAUCAUGGCCACCGCUUUUGAUCGCUUUGAUCGCAACGACGACGGUGUCUUGUCUGUUGAGGAGUUCUCUUCAGCACUACGAAGCUUUGACAUCCACAUGGGGAUCGAAGAGACGGCCUCAUUGCUCCGCUUCUUGGGGCCUGUGUGUGAACAGGAGUCACCGGUCCUGGAGCGCGAGGAUUUGGCCAACGUGGAUGGUUCUGAGCUCACGUUGGAGGAGAAGUGCUCCGCUGCUGUCAAUGCCAUGCAGGAGAAGGUGAAGUCAGCCAUCGGCUGGAAUACCGCGGUGCAAAUUGGCGAAAAGGUCAACGAGUGUUGGCAGGAGCCAGGCAGUCCUGGCCACAAAGUCCAACGCUUGCUCGACCUGGGCCACAAGGAACUGGCUACUGCUACUGAAGCCUCCCUCACCGUGGCCGGGAUCGCGGCUGUGCUGCUGCACCACAGCCAGUUCCAUGCCGAUGCCGCCUUCUUUGAGCAGAUGCACGACGCCGUGGACGACUUCAUGGGCGCAGUGAAGGAUUUGGAGGCCAGCGUGAUCCUCCCCGCCUUGGUCUCUGGUGCAUUGGGCUUGGCAAAAACUCAAAAGGACUCUGUGGCAUUGGACGUGGAGGAGGCCUUCCUCUAUGUACGCUACUUCCUGUCCAAGGGCUGCUCCCAGAGCCUCUUCCACAAGCUCAUCAAUCUAGCUGAUUGUCACUGGGGUUCUGUUUCAGCUGGGGAGCCCUUGCCGGAGGCCAAGGGAGAGCUUCAAAUCUUGGUGCGCGGGAAGGUGGUGAUGAAGCAUGGAGAGGACGAGGUCGAGCUUCUUCCUGGUGCCUUCUUGAAUUCCUGCUGUGAUAGCCAGCAGCCUCCUGAAGAAGUGGCCUUGGAGGACGUGACCUAUGUGGCCUGGGACACGGAGAAGCUUCAAGAGUGGACUGGGGAGAAGCUGGGAAGACUGACGCAGAUCUCGGUGUGUUCUGUGCGACCCGUCACCGUCAUGGUAGCCUAUGCUAUGCUCGGUUCUUCAGACGGCAAGGGCAUGGUGCCACGUACGGCGGGACGCCACACUGCACUGAUGGGUUGUGAUAUCCACUUUGCCGGGGAUCCCAUGUCACAGCUCGAUGUAGAAGGCUGCCGCAGUCAUGCCGAUUUUCACGCCAUGGAUGCGAUCCUAAAGCGUCCCAAGAAGCCCGUGGUCCGCAGCGGCUCCUUCUCCUCGCUGGAGCCCAACGGGCGGCAGCUACCCACUGAGAGCUUUGGCACUCAAGUGGAGGUGGUGUCCAGUAGUGAGAUCAAGGCAAAUGGAGUGCUGAGCUGUGCUGCAAGCAGCAUGGAGCAAAUCACCUAUACCUUGCCUGCUGGAGCUCAGGGAAAUCAGACAGAGGGUGAGCUUCGCUUGGAACAGUUCGCACCUAUUCCAUGGGCUGUGGCUCACACCAAAGCUGGCUCCACCUUCGUUGGCUCAGCGGGUCGUUGGCGCUACACCGCUCUGGCCACGCCGCACUGGGAUUGGCGCCGCUCCGCGGAGCGCCCCAGCACGGGUCGAGCAGCAGAUCUGGAGCUGUCGGGCGGAGUCUUCUUCGUCCAGUUGAGAGAUGCCACCGCGGCCGAGGUGAAACGCUCCUGUCAGCAGCAGGCGCUGUCAGAUGCCCAGGAGGCCGACAACUACGAUGGGCUCUUUGCACAGGUCACGAAGGCACGCUUGGCUGCGGUGGAGUUGGAAUACUUGGAGCGGGCGGAGGAGAAGCUGAAGCUCAUGCGAAAGCAACGGAUGCAUGUGGCCACAGGGUGUGGGAAAGAAGACUUGAGGCGGCAAAUGAGCUGGGACCUCAUCACACGGCCGAUAAGCUCCGAUACAGAGCAGCCUUGCCCGAACACUCACUGCUCCAGCAAUGAGGUGUUGCCUGGCGAGAUCCUCAGCAUCACACCGCAGGCGGUGGAUGCUCACUUGGGGCCUGGUUCAGAUCGGCUGCUGUUUGACAAGCUGGUGGAGGCAGCCUUGGCCUCUGAAGAGGGUUCGGUUUGGCCAGCUGGUGGCAAAUUGAUUUUCAGUGCCUUUGACCGGAAUCAGUCGGUGAAUUCCUUGGUGCGAACCUUGGAAGGGGCAGGGCAAGAGCAUUGUGCUCAGAUGAUGUUGAAGCUUGUGGAGGCCAGCGAGACGACCUACGGGGGCUUCGUUUCGGCGGUGCAAGUGAACUUCCACCGGGAUGGGGAGUCCUUUCACGACCAACAUCGAGAUGUUUACUCGGCCAAGCAGCGAGCUGGCCCCAACUGCGCGUGCUCCUUCCGCGAGUGUGUGGGCACGGUUUGCUAUUCCUUGGGUUCCAGUCGGCUCUGUCGCUUGUGCAGCAUGUUUGACAACUUCUCGUCCCUCAAGCGAUGUGGUGACAGCUGCCAGGGGCGACAAGAGGAUCGUUGGCUGAGGAGUGGAGACGCUAUGUUCUUCAAUGCCCGCUGGAAUCAGAAUCACACCCAUGGCAUCCCAAAGAUGGCUGGCUUCGAGACGGGCCCACGGAUCUCGGUGGCUUUCCUCCUGGGUGCCACGUGA